AUGGGACUGGGACCAAGUGUACCGAGACGUUCAGAGCCGACGACGCCGGAAGAGAUCCGCACUAAGCUCAUCGACUUUUUAUACGCCGGCCAGUCGCAAGACUUUCUUACGUCUCUUCGCAGUUCGUUUCUAGAGCGAUGCUCGGAAGAUGGCACAUUGACUCGGGAUGCCUUCGUUGAGUUGCUGGCCGAAGGUGAAGGCGAAGACUAUGCCGAGAUGCUUCACGAAGGUGGCCCCAUUCUCUACCGGCUGGCCAUCUACCACGGCUUCUACCCCUUCGCCCCGGCAACAGAUGCUCGUCUCACCUGCGACGCUUUCCUGCUGUCUCUUGCCAUGAUGACUCACCCCGCCGACAACCUCGGGCAAAUCCGCAUAGGACGCCGUUACUUGCGUGACACCGAAGACAUAAUCAGGCUGUGCUUCCAAGCUGUCGCUCAACCGAGCUUUGUCGCGCACCCUGAAAACGACGACAAAAAUGCCGAUAGAGACUUCUACAGCGUCUUCAAAAACUUCACCGACAACGACGACGGCGUCAAGAUCCCUUAUUCACCCCCAUUGCUGCCACCAGAUGCACCUCCGUGCAGCUCGCGUGAUCGAAGUGGCGUCAUCAUGAUGCAGGACAUGCGAAACUUGGUCAAGCUGAUGCUGUCGCUUUCCAUGUCAACUCCGCCACCAACUUACCCGGAGUCUCUGCCGGUCACGGCCGAGUGCAUCUGCCGCUCGUUCGGCGACGCCGACGUCGACUUGCCAACCUUUAGGUCUGCAGUCACUGAGCACUUGCCUAACCUGUUCCAACCUCUGCGUGCCUUCAUCGCGCGCCGCUUCCGCAUCUUGGACGGGAAACCUCUUGCAGCGGCACCGCCUCCGCCGCUUGCCGUCUCGUCAAAAAUCAUCUCAGCGCCACAAACCAGCCAGCUGCGCUUCAUGCUGCAUGCGGCUAUCCCCGAAACCUUCGAAGAACUCCUUCACUCGGGUGCUCCUUCUUACGACGCGGCCGAAGCAGCCAGUCUCCUCAUCCAUCCGAAGAAAGAUCGCCUUCUUCUGGUGUCUGCACGCAACGCUAACACCACUCGGACCUUUGCUGUUUUCAUAUGCAGCGAGGAGUUCUGUGAAUAUCUCCAGCACGGCAGCAUCAUCCACCCCGAAGCAGGCUAUUAUCGGAGCUGUUCGAUGGAGCUGGCGCCGCAACAUGGCCUUCUUUUCGCGAGCAGGCACGAGAGAGAGGAAGGAGAAAACGUUAGAACGAAGAUAAUCCACGACCAUGACGGACUGGUGCUUCAACAGGGCCAGGGAAUUUGGCGGUUCUCCGAGGGAUUGGAGCGCGUAGAACUCGUCCGACCCGACAAAACUGAAAAGUUUGAAGUUAGUUGGCUGGAGAUCUGGGGCGCUUAA